AUGAAACGGCGUCCAGAUAAUAUUGCGCUCGCCGGUCGUACAGACGCCGAGCCUGGCAAUCAGAUGGACGCAACGAAGCAGAGACUGACUAAUCGCCCUUCCGGUACGAAUACCGACCGGUUCGUAGGCCCGGAGACCCAGCAGCAUUACUCCGCUUUGACGACAUACCCGCAGGUGACGCCAGCGGCUGCAUGCUGGGGCAGGGUGGCUGCCCCGGGUUACGCGGGCGCUGGUUCCAUGCAGGCACAAUCCAACAGUUACCCCUGGACAUCGAGCUAUCGUCCGCUUAUGCUCCAUGGGUAUCACUUUCCAAUAGGGCCUCUGCCGCAUUCGGGUCCACGUGGUGCUGGUGCGACUUCGGUGACGGCUUUUGGAGUGCCUGCUAGCGCGAGGGCACCCCAAGCGCCGGCGUCAGGCUUUCAUGGAUCACUGCAGCACGCUGUGGAUCGCUGGGAUCCAGUUCCGGUGCAGCCACCGACUAGAGAGGCGUUGUACCAGCAAGAACUAUUCUAUCAGUCUGCUCAGUUGUUCGGAAUGACGCCGAGACACAUAACGGGGACUGAACACACCCGCGGUUGGCCCGUUGCAGUGAAUGCGGAGUUUUACAAAGCAGCGCAUCCUGGGCAAAUACCGGUGCCUCAUAAUAUCCCAUCGUCAGCUGAAGCGUGUUGCGCAAGACCUCAUGACGGAGCGUUGAAUUGCUUACACGCUUUGGCCGCAAUCUCCUCACAGGCGGCUACCAGCCUUUGUGGCGUGGGAAUGGCCCGCCCAAAUACCGGCGCGCAGCAGUCCGAGAGAGCGACUGCAUCAUGCCCAGCUGAAAGAGCGCAGAACCGAAUGGAGAACCCGCAAUGUUGCAACGUUCCAGCGGACUGUUCAAUGCCUAUGCAUACCUCUUCAAACGAAGGCAUCCCAGCAUGCCUGGAGCACCGUCCUCGCCCGGAGUUCUACCCCGGUAAAACGGACGGCACGCGCCCCGGUCAUGUGCAGGUUUCAGAGGGCAACAUGAGUAUGGUGAGCUUGGAUGCCUCGUCGCAUACGAAUCAAUCGAUGUCGCUGCCUACUGCGCUUAGCAGCCGCUUUAGGACUGGAUACCAGGGACCGUGGAUGCAAACGGUCCCAGAAACCAAUGCACACUGGGAGCGAAUGAGUCGAGACAGUAGUGGAACGAGCGCCCGCGCGAUGCCAAGCGACGCUGCAAGUCAGACCGGAUUGGAUCGUUCUUCGAGCGGCGAUGAUGACGCAGCUUCGCUUGCGGGUGGCGAGCAUCUGCAGCGUAUGUCCGGAGACAAUCCCUGGACUGCCGCAAGCGCAUCACCGACAGCAGGCGAUGCUGCCGAGAGAUCGAUCUUACACAGAAACGUAGGUCUCGCUGGUGGCGGUGCAGCGUCGUCAGACCCCACGGCGGACUUUUACAGGGAUGGUGCGAGUUCACAGGCUACAGGGCAUGUGGCGGGACUGCCAAGCAACGCUGCAGGCCCCGUCGAAGCUCCAGAUCGGCGGUUUCAGGUGCCUCACACGUCGUUCCCCGCGGGUGCGAUAAGAUGGGUCCAGACGCUCCCUGCGUUGCAACUGGAUCAGAGCUCCAAUGGUGUUCUUCUAGGCGGGAGAUUCGUAGCGUCGGAAAACACCGACCAUGGCAUGGAUCGAAUACCGCUGACCAUCGAGCACCCGCGCUGUGCAAUAACGGACCACGCCGAUCGAGUCGCUGCUGUCGGUGCAGCACCUGACACCGCAGCAAAGUCACCGACCUGGAGUGCCACUGAACGAGAGCGCUAUCGCUUGGAGCGUGUGCAGCGCUUCCUCGAGAAGCGCCGCCGUCGCGUAGCGCAUCCCGGCUUGAUCCGCUACGACGUACGCAAGCGCCUCGCAGAUGCACGACCCCGGGUACGCGGCCGCUUCGCGCGACCUGAAACCGUUGCUGCUGCUACUGCUGUUGCUGCUGCGCCUGCCACGACGAAGGCGCCGACUCCCCCCUGA